GAAAAUAUCGUUCAAAAAUCAUGCAAAAAGUAUAAGCAAAGGAUUAAAGAUUUAAUACUUUCAACUGAAGGAUUCAAAUAUUGUCGAAGUUAUGAAAAUGAAGAUGAAAUUUUUUAUUCGGAUAGAGAUAAAUAUCUAAUAACAGAGUUUAACGAUAUUGAACGUACUUCAGGUUUUAUUAAAAGUUAUCAUCCAGAUGAUACUGAAAUUGAACGUAAAAAGAAAAAAGUUCAAGAGGGAAGUUAUGAACCAAAAGAAUUGGUUGUCGAAGUUGAAGUCAUUGAUGAAGAAAAUUGA